AUGGCGCUCGCUCUGCCCAAUGCCUUCCUCAACAACAACCUCUCGCCUCCUUCGGUUUCUCUCCACUCCAAGGCGAAGCGUGUAGUGGGCCGCAAUCAUAUGCGGGUGAGCUGCAGGAAGAAGGACAUACACCCCGAAUUCUACGACGACGCCAAGGUUUACUGCAACGGUGAGCUGGUGUUGACGACGGGCGGGACCAAGAAGGAGUACGUCGUCGACGUUUGGUCAGGUAACCAUCCCUUUUACCUUGGUACUCGCACUCACCUUUUUGCGGAAGUCGAUCAAGUCGAGAAAUUUCGCAAGAGGUUUAGUGGGCUCGACCAUCUUAUGGAGAUUCCUGUUCUCAAAGGAGAGAUUGUUCUUCCUCCUAAGAAGAAAUCUGGGAAAGGCAAAAAGAAGUAG